ACCGAGACGGAUACGGGAAUGGAAACGUGGACUUGGGACGGGAUAAGAAACGGUAAAAUCAAAUUUUAUAGAUAUGAAUAUGUGGCAUAGAAUAAUAGAUACAUUUAUAUUAUUUUUUUUUUUUGUAACUGGACAUUUAUAUUUUAGAUUGAUAUAAAAAAUAAGAUAAAUCGUUGAUACAGUUUCUAAAGCCACUUCCAAUCAACUUCUCAAUCUAAUUGAUGGAUCAAACUAAAACUGGUGGCAAUAAAAAGCUAACUCAGUUUUCUAUCUUGGGAUCAAAGAUGAACUCAAUCAUCGCACCAUAGAAAUUUCUCCAUUCAUUGCUAAACAUGCAUCGAUACAGUUAUGCAUCAUUAAGUGUUUCUUUGCACCCAACUUGACACAUUCUGCUCCAAAUCAACUACACUUAAAAAAAACUUGAUAAAUGACCAAAAGACUCUAAACACACAUAUUAUGACUCAGUGAAUGACUCAAACAAUCAAGCAUAUAAAUCAGUGAGUACACUGUUUAUCAACUAGGUAUUAAAUAUUGUUUCUCUUAAAAAGUAAUCAACAGUAUACACCAACUACACUAAUUACACCUACUACCAGCAAUAGUUGUAUUAUUUUUUUCUUUCUUGGAUUCUUUGCUUAUAUUUGUUAUGAUUUCGUUUGAAGCCUUAACACAUCAUUUUUUACAAGAACUUGCUAACAAAUAUGGACCUGAAGGAGCUUCCAUCGAACGUAGGAGAUGGCAACAUAAGCGAAGAAGCAAAUAUUUUGAUCUCUUCUCUUCCUUUAUGCACAGAUUUCCAAGGGAAGAAGCUUUGUAAUUAUCAAGGAUGUUGGUAUAAAUACAACACUCUCCAAGGCGUUCUUAAUUUCCAGAGAGGUUUUGAACCGCAAGACACCGAUAUAAUUCUUGCUUCUUUCCCCAAAUCAGGCACUACUUGGCUCAAGGCCCUCACCAUUGCCCUUAUGGAGAGAUCAAAGAACCAUUCCUUUGAUCAUCAUCCUCUACUAUCUGAUAGUCCUCAUGGCAUUGUACCAUUCCUGGAGCUCAGUGUGUAUCAAGAAAGCUCAAGUCCUAACUUAGCCAAGUUCUCAUCACUUCCGAGGCUGUUCUCAACUCACAUGCCACUGCACGCGAUGCAUGAGACCCUUAAGGGCUCUCCUUGCAAGAUUGUGUACCUGUGCAGGAACGUGAAGGACACAUUGAUCUCGUGGUGGUUUUUUAGGAGUGCUAUUCAUCAAAUGGAACCAAACAGAAGCCUUCUCGAGACUACGUUCGAAGAAAUAUGCAACGGAACUAUCUACUAUGGACCCAUUUGGGAACAUGUCUUGAGUUAUUGGAGAAAAAGCUUGGAGAAUCCCAAGCAAGUUCUUUUCAUGAGGUAUGAGGAGAUGAAAGCUGAGCCUCGCGAUCAGGUCAAGAGACUUGCAGAGUUCUUGGAUUGUCCUUUUACCACGGAAGAAGAAGAUACUGGAUUGGUGGAUGAGAUCUUGGACUUUUGCUCUCUGCGUAAUCUGAGCAGUUUGGAGGUUAACAAAACCAAAAUAUCUAACAAAGUGGAUCGAAGCAUUUUUUUCCGUAAAGGGGAAGUUGGUGACUGGAAGAAUUAUCUUACUCCUGAAAUGGAGAACAAGCUGGACAUGAUCAUCCAAGAAAAAUUGCAAGGUUCAGGUUUGAAAUUCUAAAUAUCUAUAUCGUAUGGUUUGUGUGUUUCUUUGUUGUUAUUUUCCUUUAUAAUAUCUUUCAUUUGUCAUCAGCAGACCUAAAGCUCUUCAAAAGUUUCUGCACCAAUAAUAUUUUUAGGUAACUUCAAUAAUAUUAUGUCCUAUGGUAUUUUUUUUUGUAUUUUCAAGAAUAGUUGGAUGUGCAGGUACUAGUCAAAGGAAACCAAGGUUUAUGUAUAUGUUUUGUGUUUUGUUUAAUGCAGCGUAAUAAAAUACAUUCCGUUGCUAUGUCCUUUUACUAGUGGUGUCUUCCAUUUGUUACUUUGUUGUUUUUAAGAAAGUGUGAAGUUGUUAAACGGAUAGUAUCUAACAUCUGGCAUCUAGAACAUUUGAUCAAAACGAUUUUAAAUGGUUUAGGUGAUUAGGAUUAUAGUAUUUAUUAUUAAAUAUCAGUAAUUGUAUAUAGCACGAUUUGCACCAAACAGAAUUACGAUAUGUUGUUUAAUAAAUUUAAUGAAAAUAAACAUUUUUUUUAAAGUUAUAGUUUUGUAAAAUAACCUAGAUUUGCUUGUAAUAUUGAUAUAGUUUAACUCAAAAAUUAUCAGUAUAAGAAAUAAUAUCCAAAUUCCAAAAUUUAUAGUUAACAAAAAUUAAGUUGGGCAGUUCUUAUUUAUAUUUAUAAAAUAAAAUUGUUUUGGGAUAAUUUGUAGCUAGUAUGUAUCCGCUCAUCUUAGUGUGUGACAUGUAAGAAAAAAAAAAUCUUCCAUGCUGACAAAAAAGAAAGAAGAAAUUCUUGCAUCAGUCUAUCAAGCAAGUUUUGGAAUCCAACAAGCGCCAAAAGAACUACUAAGAGUAUGUUUAUUGCAAGUCUGUUAGGUUGGAGUUUUUAGACCAUUUCUAACCAAUCUUUAUAAUAGAGAUCUCUAAAAAAAUAAAAUAAAUAGAGAUAAUGUUUUUGUUCCACUAUGUUUUUCUAUAAUAGAUGAAUACUAUACUUACCUCUAUAAAUAGACGAAUGCUAGAAAAAAUGGCAUUCCUCUAUUUAUAAAAGUAAAUAUAGCAUUUCUCUAUUAUAGAAGAAUACAUUGGAGUAAAAACACCAUUUCUAUUUUUUCUUCUAUUUUAGAAAUCUCUAUUAUAGAGAUGGAUUGUAAAUGCUUUUCGCAUAAUAUAAGAUACGGUCUUUUAUAUUUUAACUAAAAAACUAAAAAUGUCUCUUAAAUAAGAAAUAUUUAUUAAUUUUUUUAAUUAAAAAUUAAGAAAUCAUAUUCUAUAUUACGCUAAAAACUCUAAUCUAAGAGUUGCAAUAAAGAUGCCCUAACACCUCGCAAAAAGACAAAUUUAACUCUUUGUAAUUGGAAGGUACUUUCAACUGUGUGUAAUAGAAAAGUCAGCUACAGACAGGAACUGAAAUAUAUAAAUUUCAAGUUUACAAUAAUUCUUUAAAAUAUAUAAAAUUAAAUAAAAACUGUGAUUAUUAUCUGCCGUAUCUGGUGUGUAGCAAAUGACAGAUAGCUUGAAGACAAGAAAGGGCUAAUACGAACGUGUUCGUCUGAGUCGGAUUUCUGCCAAAUCAAAGAACUCCUAAGAUCCCUUCUUCAAAAGGGUUGCUUCGCUCUUCACUGUGUGUGCUCUCUUCUCUCACUGCGAAUGAUGCCAAAAAGAGUUCAGCUCGCAAGCGGAGUCUCAUUGGCCGUGAAUCAGAAGCUCUGUUCCUGAGUACCUGCACUGCGUAGCCUAACCGGUUUUACAACUCAAACUGUGUGAGAAAGAGACCAGUAAGAAACAACAAAAGACUGUUUAUGUGUGUUCUGUUCAUCUACAGUAACCUUUCCAUUGGUUUAGAGAAAAGCCAAGUAAUACUUAUACUUCAAAACUAGAAAAUCUUUGUAGUUACUAGUUACCAUUAUUAGUUCCCAAAAGGUGUGACUAAUAAAUAAGCACAGAUGUUAUAAAGUAA